GGUUUAUAUAUAUGUACAUGUCGUGAAGAGAGUUUAAUUAUGAAAAUAUGAUGGUAAUCUUGAAUUUAGUUUGUUUACUUCAUUGUCAGAUUCAACUACAAGUGCUCAGUUGGAUUGGAAAACCCGUCUUAACAUCAUCAAUGGAAUUGCUCGGGGCAUUUCAUAUUUGCAUGAGGAUUCUCGCCUUAGGAUCAUCCAUAGGGACCUAAAGCCUAGCAAUGUGUUAUUGGACUCUGACAUGAACCCGAAAAUCUCCGACUUUGGAAUGGCGAGGAUCUUUGCAGGAAGUGAGAAUGGAACUAACACAGCUAGAAUAGUGGGAUCAUAUGGAUACAUGGCUCCAGAGUAUGCCAUGGAAGGGUUAUACUCCAUUAAGUCUGAUGUUUACAGUUUUGGAGUUGUCUUGCUUGAGAUCAUAACUGGGAGAAAGAAUGCUGGUUUCCAUCUCUCUGGAAUGGGUCCAAGCCUCCUAUCGCAUGCAUGGCAGUCGUGGAAUGAAGGGAAAGGGUUGGAGUUGAUGGAUCCAUUAUUGGGUGAUUCAUGUUGCCCAGAUGAGUUUCUGAGAUGCUACCAUAUUGGGUUAUUGUGUGUUCAAGAAGAUGCAUCUGACAGGCCAACCAUGUCAUCUGUCAUUGUAAUGUUAAAAAGUGAAAGUGUAAGCCUUCGACAGCCUGAAAGACCUGCCUUCUCUGUGGGGAGAUCCACCAAUCAACAUGAAACAGCAAGUGGUAGCAGUUCUUCUGUCAAUGGUUUAACAGCUUCUAUUGCUUUGCCUCGAUGAUUUAUAGACUUUUCCACUGGUUAGAUGCUCUUACCAGCUCAUGCGUCAAGCUUUUGAAAUAGAUACAGAGUAUUUAUAUCUUGGAUUUGAUUAUUGUAUUCUUUAACAAAGCAUGUAAUAAUAUCCAAAUUUCAGCAAUAUCCCUGAUUUUAUUUCCUGUUUC